AGAGACCCAGUCCAGUCUAUGUUGUGGUUGUUGUCAUUCGUUUCUGCCUUCUGCGUCCCGUCAUCUUGUCGCUCUCUUGCAACCUAGCAACCUCUAACCGGCGACGACAACGACACCAUCAUCAUCGCAACGCACCCACCCAUCUUCACCCACAACAACAACAACAAAGAAGAUGGCGCAGCUACCAACGCCUUCACCCUCCACGCCCUCGCCGUCGUCAUCAGCCCCGGCGCGACAGAUCGUGAGGAGCUCGCUACCUACACCGUCAAGGACUACACCCACGGAUCCGCCGGAACAACAGCAGUCGUCCUCGUCGACUUCGUCGCGACUGCCCUCGCCCCAGCAAUACACCUCGUCGAGAUCUCGAACCAGUCGCGAGGGAACCCCCUCCGAUAAUGGCUCUGCCGAUAGCGCGCGUAUGCCGCCACCGCCGGCAAGAACUACGCGAGCGGCGACGGCAGCGGCGACAGUGGCAGCAACAGCAGCAGCAGCAGCAGCGGGGACAAAGGAGAGGACGUUUGUUAGACGGACGGCUGGAACGAGGGAUUUGAAGGAGAAGGAGAAGAGCGAUAAGGACAAGGGCGAUGAGGGGAAGACGGUUGUGCCGAAGAGGUCGAUGAGCUUGAGGAGUAGCACGAAGCGCACGAGUAUUUCUGCGCGAGGGGAGGAGAAGAAGGAGGAGUCUGCUGUCCUGCCGAAGCGGAAUUUGAGGUCGAGGACUGUCAGUACUAGCACCAAUGCUUCUUCCUCUGCGACGGAAAGGAAGACGACGGCUUCGACUGCUGCCAGCUCGAGGAUCGCUGCUGCACCUAGGAGUUUGAGGGAGAGGAGUGGAACCGCCACUGCAGCUGCCACAGGAACUACUACUUCACGUCGACCGCUGUCAAUGUAUGCAGACACUACUUCGGCCACUUCGACGGGUCCCAGAAGAGCUGCAGCUCCUGCUCCUGCUCCUGCUCCUGCUGCAGCGCCAGCAAGGACCCAUAGACGGAACCAAUCGACACCCUCGACUGCGGUGCAGCCACCAGUCCGACCAGGGACUUCAGCAUCGACAGCCAGCAACGUCUCCAAGUCCCGCCGGCCUCCCUUCUCUACACUACAACAGAACUUUGCCGCGCCCCCACCUCCGCCUACCUCGCGUCGGUCUAUGCCCCCACCUCCACUCGACCCAGCAACCAUCCAUCAGCAGACGCAACUACUACAACACUCCUGUCUCUAUGCUAAUUCGCACUCUACAUAUGCGCAGCUUACGGCUUCAGCUACUGCAAAGCUCAAGCGGCGCUUCGACACGCUGGCACGCGAGCACUCCAAAUCGCGAGAGCAGCUGGCGCGGCGACAACGGUUGCUAGAUAUUGCCGGGCUCGUUGCGGUUGUUGAAACGCCCGCCGCGGGCAUCACUGGCAAGCGACGGGAGACGAUGCGCAGUCCCGAGGAGAAGAUCCAGGCGUUUUCGGAAGCGAUCAAGAAGCUGGAAUCGCUCCAACAGAACGAGCAUCGCUUGCUCUCUGCCGCGUUUGGAGAGUGGAUCGCCGGGUACUCGACGCCGUCGCCCAGGAGAGGCAUCGAGCAGGGCGGAUGGGUCAAGAAGCGCGGACGCUGGAUCGACGGCCUCGGUGAGGACUGGCGCCGACAGUGCCUGUUCACGUCGAGACGCAUCGAAACUGCCGUCAGAGCUAUCGAGAGUGUCGUUGCGGCUGUGGUGAUGGAGGAGGAGCUCGGCGUCGUCAGCGUUGUUAGCGAGAGGUGGAUGGAGGUCGCCAAGGGCAUGCUCGAGGAGAGUCAGGGCAUGAUGUUGGUGGAAGGCAACGUGGUGCAACGGGAGAGGAGAGCACUCGAAGAGGUGGUGGCAGGCGCCGCAAUCGUCGAGACCAUCGUCGACGACACAGUGGCAGACGCAGAGGAAAGGCCGGUAUGGGUCUGAUCCGAUGGUUUUGCUUGUCAGCUUUUCGAGCGCUG